CGCCGGCUGCAGGGGCGGUGGCGGCAGGGGAGGUCUGGCCCCGCGGACCGAGCUCCUGGCUCGGGCAGAUCCCAGCGGUAGGACAGCCAUGAGCCUGGUGGCCUGCGAGUGCCUGCCCAGCCCCUGCCUGGAGCCUGCUCCCUGCUCAAGAGCACGAUCCCAGGCCCGUGUGUACCUGAAGCAGAUUCGCAACCGGGUGGCUGCAGGGGCACCUGACAUGACCAAGCGUGACUACCUGGUGGAUGCGGCCACGCAGAUCCGGCUGGCCCUGGAGCGUGACGUUAGUGAGGACUACGAGGCAGCCUUCAACCACUACCAGAAUGGUGUGGACGUGCUGCUCCGUGGUGUUCACGUUGACCCCAACAAGGAGCGAUGUGAGGCUGUAAAGCUGAAAAUUACCAAGUACCUGCGACGGGCGGAGGAGAUUUUCAACUGCCACUUGCAGCGGACAGUGGGCAGUGGAGCCAGCCCUGGCUCGGGUUUCAGCAGCCUGAGGCUCCGGCCCAUCCGCACACUGAGCUCUGCCCUGGAGCAGCUGAGGGGCUGCAGGGUGGUCGGAGUCAUCGAGAAGGUGCAACUGGUCCAGGACCCAGCAACUGGAGGGACCUUCGUGGUAAAGAGCCUGCCCAGGUGCCACACGGUGAGCCGGGAGCGGCUGACCAUCAUCCCACAUGGAGUUCCGUACAUGACAAAGCUGCUGCGGUACUUUGUGAGCGAAGACUCCAUCUUCCUGCACCUGGAGCAUGUGCAAGGAGGCACUCUCUGGUCCCACCUGCUCUCCCAGGCACACCCCCAACAUGCCGGGCUCAGGCCUGGCUCCACCCAGGAGAGGAUAAAGGCUCAACUCAACUCCCACCUCAGCCUCCUGACCCCAGCGCAGCUCCCCUGGGGCCACACCACCAGGCAGGACAGAAUCCUCCUGGAGCAUCAGCGGACUUCUCAGAACCUUCCCCCAGCUAGGGAGGCCUUAUCCAUCAGACCCCAGAGAGAAGCUGAAGGUGAAUCCACAGCCAGGACCAGUACUUCCUGCUCCUCGGACCUUCCAAAGCCCCCAAGGGGCCACCUGCACCUUCAACCCAGGCGGACUGGCCAGAGCUUGGACCCCAGUCCCCCUUGGGGGCUCCCUUGGGUUCGUGAGGGGGCCAUCCGGGUGCUGGGGGGCUGUGGCCAAGGCAAAGGUCAGAGCCGCCCAUGGGUGGGUGGUGCUAGCCAGGGGAGCAGCAGGGCCACCUGGAGCGUGAGGGAGGAGCAGGUGAAGCAGUGGGCAGCUGAGAUGCUGGUGGCACUGGAGGCGCUGCAUGAGCAGGGCGUGCUGUGCCGGGACCUCAACCCCCAGAACCUACUCCUGGACCAUGCAGGUCACAUCCGGCUCACGUAUUUUGGCCAGUGGUCAGAAGUGGAGCCCCAGUGCUGCAGGGAGGCUGUGGAGAACCUAUACAGUGCCCCAGAGGUGGGUGGGAUUUCUGAGCUGACAGAAGCCUGUGACUGGUGGAGCUUUGGGUCUCUACUCUAUGAAUUGCUGACGGGAAUGGCACUAUCCCAGAGCCACCCGUCAGGAAUCCAGACCCACACCCAGCUCCACUUGCCUGAGUGGCUCAGUCACCCAGCAGCCUCCUUGCUGACAGAGCUGCUGCUGUUUGAUCCUACGCGGCGCCUGGGCUCUGGAGGCAAUGGUAUCAGCAGACUCAAGUCCCACCCCUUUUUCAGUACUAUCCAGUGGAGCAAAAUGACAGGGUAAGAAGGGUGGGGAGGCGAUGGCAGCAGCUGGCCUGGUUUGGAUCUCCUCUUCUGCCUGCCACCUGGGACUGGCUCCUCUGAUCAAUGGGCUCCAGGCAAAGAAUAUAGGGCAGCUGCCUUUCCUGCUCAGCUCCCACCUUCAGCCUCAGCUCCUGGAGAAGCUGAGGAGGGGCAGUGAGGCCCACCCUCUAAGCAGCUUGAACCCUCUCACCUGUCAACAGAUACAUGUUGAGCACAUACCUUCUACCUUUAAUGUGGACCUAUUGCGUGAAAGGGUGACUUCUGUUGAAUUAGCUCUGAACUACUAACCACCUGCUGAGCCUACCAUGAGGUUCUGCGACUCACUCACUGCCAUGUUGUGCUCCACUUGGGACAUCUCUGGAGACUCACCUCAGGAUACUCAUCCACUGACUCAGUGACCCAAACCAGCGCUUUCCUGGCUGGUCAUCUUAGUCAUGCACACUAGAGGGUCUCUACCACCAGCACUGUUCCUGCAGGGGGUGGGGAAGCUGGGAAGCAGGGAAGCAGCCUGUAGUGUGGAGUGAGGUGGAAACGGGAUGCCCCCUCUCUCAUGAUUUCAGACUUUAUAGAGCAAAAGGAAGGGAGGGGAGGAAAAUAAAAAAAGAUAAAGAGGGAUGGGGGAAGGAGGACUGCACAGCUCUGCCACUUGGAGCAAGUUUGAAAACAGAAUAAAGUGCUUUCUUCCUCAGCUGGCCCACCCAUGGCAAGGGGAGAGGGAAGCCUGCCCCACGGGUCUAAGAGGACAUGGUAAUUCAGCCUCCAGGCUGAAGCAGCUAAGACAAGUUGUGCCCAUUAGGAUUCCCUCUCAAGCAUUGGUUCUGCUUACCAUUUUGCACUUUGGUCUUGAGGUUCCACUCAAUUCACUGCCCACUGUGACUUCAGCCCCUUUUGGAAUGAGAAACCACAAAACAAAUGGAAUAAUUAUCUACACUUUUAGCCAGAAACAAGAUGUUUCUGAUCUCUUAAGUCCUGGGGAAAUUGGUUAUUCCAAAGACAGUUCCCCCGAGGUUUGGAGACUCCUUUCAGGACUCAUGCUAUCACUGGGGUGUGGCACCUGAAACAAACUUCCACUAGACCUCUGCCUCCAGCUCCUUCCUGCCAGCACAUCCAACACCAGCAGGUGGCGCCUCUGACACUAUUUGCUGGUCUGACUCUGAAGGCCCAGCUCUAACUUUCAGGCUAGAGAUUUGUGUCCUGGAAUGGCAAGAUGCUUCUCAGGCCAACGCCGGCAGAGAGGACCUGGGAAAGUGCAGCCUGUGUGUGAGGUCCAUGUUGUCCUAGCUUUCCCUGGGGGUUGCACAUCCUGCAAUAAAGCUUGCUCUCGCCUA